AUGAAUGAAGAUGAAAAUGUGGUUCCCUGCACUGGAAAGGAGAAACUGAAAGUUCUUCCUACAUCCGUGUUUGACAUGGACAUGACUGACCACAGCUAUAGCAUCUACAAUGCCAUCUAUGCGGUGGCACAUGCUUUGCAUGACUUCCAUUCAUCAAUAACAGCAUACAGAGCUAGAGGGCAUGAUGAAGCCAAACUGGAACAUCUGAAUGAAAAGCUGUGGAAGGUCCAACCUCUGUCUUUGUGUAAUAGUAAGUGCCAUUCAGGUCAUGCCAGGCGCAAGAUAGAAGGGAAGCCAUUUUGUUGUUAUGAUUGCCUACAAUGUCCACAUGGGAAGAUUUCCAACCAAGUUGAUAUGGAUGAUUGUUUUCAGUGUCCAAGUGAUCAAUACGCAAAUGUGAACCACGAUUUGUGUCUUCCAAAGAUUGUAACAUUUUUGAUGUAUGAAGAAACUUUGGGGAUCAUCUUGGCCAGUUCUGCUGUUUUCUUUUCUUUGAUCACAACUGGAAUCCUUUGGAUCUUUAUUAAGCACCAGGACACUCCCAUAGUCAAAGCCAACAACCGGAAUCUCACCUAUGCUCUCCUUAUUGCUCUCUUCUUGUCUUUUCUUUGUUCGUUAUUAUUCCUUGGAAAACCUGGCACGGUGACGUGUCUCCUUCACCAAACAGCUUUCGGUAUUAUCUUCUCUGUGGCCAUUUCUUGUGUCUUGGCCAAAACCAUCAUUGUAGUUCUGGCUUUCAUGGCUACUAAGCCUGGGUCUAAGAUAACCAAAUGGAUGGGGAGAAGAUUGGCCAUGUUCUUUGUGUUGAGCUGCAGUUUAAUUCAAGGAAUUAUUUGCAUUAUAUGGGUGACAACCUCUCCCCCAUUCCCAGAUGCUGACACUAAUUCAGGGGCAGAAGAAAUCUUUCUGCAGUGUAAUGAAGGUUCAGUCUUCAUGUUCUACUGUGUCUUGGGCUAUAUGGGUCUCCUUGCCAUCAUCAGCUUCAUGGUGGCUUUUCUAGCAAGGAAAUUGCCUGAUGCUUUCAAUGAAGCCAAGUUUAUCACCUUCAGCAUGUUGGUCUUUUGUAGUGUUUGGUUGUCCUUCGUUCCAACAUAUCUGAGCACCAAGGGAAAAUAUAUGGUUGCUGUGGAGAUCUUCUCUAUUAUUGCUUCUAGUGUUGGGUUACUGAUUUGUAUUUUUUUUCCUAAAUGCUAUAUCAUUUUGUUGAGGCCUGAUCUGAACAACAAAGAACAGCUAAGAAGACAAACCUACAGAAAAACAUAAAAUUCUAUCCCUCAUUUCUUCAGAUUGUUUAUUUGGAAACAAAUAAUUUAAAAUUGUAA